AAAGAUUUAACUAUCACGGGGUAACAUUAUAGAUAAUUCGCAAAGUCGUUGCAUUAAAGUGGAUAUGGAUUUCCUUAAAAAUAUCUUUGGAUCAAGGCAGAGAGGAAGAGCACAUCAACCCCAACCUGAACCUGAAGUAGAAAAACAACCUGAAGAACCAGAACCACAAGAUGAAAAUCAAGAAGAAAAUUCAUAUUCUGACAUUAUUUAUGAAAACUCGUGGAGAAAGUAUGGUUCUCUUGAAGGUGAAUGGGACAAAAAGUAUAGUGACACCUUGCUAGAUGAGAUAGAGAAGACUACUGCAAAACUAAACCCUGGAAAAUUGAACAUCAUGAUGAUCGGACAAGUACAGAGUGGAAAGUCUUCUACAAUUAAUUCAUUCUUUUCAAUAACAGAAGAGCGAAUUGCAUCAAGAGCCAAAGUUGGAAAAUCUGAGGCCUCAUAUUCACUUGAUUUACAUGUUAUUCCCGGGGAAGGAAAGUUACAGCAUAUAGUUUUCCAUGAUGUCAUGGGCAUUGAACUCGGUGAAAAACAAGGUGUUCAUAUUGAUGACAUUUCAAGUGCUGUGAACGGACAACUGAAACCUGGAUACAAGUUCAAUCCAAUGGCACCAGCUAACGUGCAAGGCACAGAGGUAGAUGAAUCGCUAAUGAUUCAUUGCGUGAUAUAUAUUGUCGACGCAGAGAAUAUCUUUUCAGAAACUGUUCAAAGUUUUCAAACCAAAAUAAAAGAUCUGGAAAACAAACUGAAGAUUGGGUCCAACAGGAUGGUUAUCGUUACAAAGAUAGAUAACAUCAGUAACAUAGUAAAAGAUGAUAUAACAAAAAUAUUUAAAAGCGAAAAUAUCGAAAGAGUCGUUGAAAGUGCUAAAAAUACGUUUGGAGUCCCAAAGAACUACGUUUUUCCUGUUAAAAACUACACAGAUGAGGCAGAAAUCGAACACUUCAAGAAUAUCCCUCUACUACUUGCCCUGCGACAAGCUACAUAUUUCGGCGCCGAUUAUAUGCGAGGAAAAAAGGUCGAUAAUCAAAAGAAAUCAUGACCUGAUUUGAACGGUGCAAUCAAACCGACCAUUGAAAUGUGAAUAUAGUAUUUUGAGACAAGGUAGCAUCACAUAAACUGUAUCAUGUUGCACUUGACAAGGGAAAUCGUUAACAAUUGUUAUUUCCAAUGUUUUUGCGGCCCUUGAUUCUGUUUUAGUUUUGAAUAAAACUCAGUAUAUUUUACUAUUUAGAAAAUACCUGUUACUAGAUAUUGGUCUUUAAACUAAAAGAGC